UGUCUAUAGUGCCAUUAAAAAUCAAAAUAAUGGUUCUGCUGUCGGGCCUUCUGUUGUUUGUCUCUGGAAACGCGAUUAUCCGGUCUCGGUUGAUUACAGUUGAGUGGUCCUGAAGGAAUCUCUAGGAUAGUCAGAGCACACAAUAUGGAAGUAUUGUCCGACUGUGCAAGGCCGACCGGCCGUUGCUGGGGCCUGGGGUUUGAGCAAACCAUGAAUAUGCACAAAAACACAAGCGAAGUUUAUACAACUGUGGAAGUUGUCCAUCCCUGCUGCAGGAACGUCUACUGAGAACGAGAAAAAGUUGUUGUAACAGCGUAGAAAAAAAAAACCCUGCUAACGUUGCACAGCUUCCAUGAGACCGGAAAGGGAACAUAGCUUUAAUGACGAUUGGUGUUCUUUGACUAUCGACUUGUUUUAACAACGCAGGAACAAAGUCAAAUGCUGAUGUUGCACUGCGGCUUCGCACGAAACCUGAACGAGGAACACAAAUUUUGAUAACAAUAGUGUUCGACCAUCACUUGGGAGACAUGGGAAAAAGUUAACUGCUGAAGUUGCACGGUUUCCAUGAAAAAUGUACAUUUAAUGACAAUUGGUGUUAUUUAAGUAUCGACUUAUCGGACAACGCAGGAACUGCUGAAGUUGCCCUGGAGCUAUUCGUGAAACCGGAAAAAAGGAACAUAUAAUGACGACUGGUGUUAUUUGAGUGUCGCUGCUUUGGAGAGUAAUUUUGUUCCAGACAUCAUCGUCGUCAAAGAUGGAAGUGGAGACGGCGAAUCUGCCCGAGUACGAAACGGUCAUCUCGAUCCAGACAGUCUUCCUCCAUGUUGUGAUAAGCACUGGCUCCAUUGUCAUCGGGUGUAGAGUCACCCCGGAUGACUUCACGAACUGCGUCAAGAAACCCACGGCGCUUUGGCUGACCACGCUAGCGGUGGUGUUCGUUGCACCUCUUAGUGCCUACGUCUUGAGUUUAGCUCUGCAUCUGCACUUUUCGGAUGGUAUCACCCUUUUGGUUGCAUCGUGUUGUCCGGCUGAUAUCCUGUCGCCCAUAUUCGCCUAUUACACCAAUGCGGAUGUGACUUUAUGCUUGUCGGUCAUCGUGCUCACGACCGCCAUGUCCGUGGGCAUGAUUCCGCUGGGUAUUGUCUUCUGUGCGUCGGCAUUCUCGGAGCUCAACCUAGUCGAGAUCCCACAUGACACCAUCGUCUUCAUCCUGAUACAGUACGUGAUAGGGCUAUCCAUGGGCAUGGCGUUCCGAAAGUUUAACGAGAAAUGGGCCAACCAUACGGUUAGGUUUCUCAGCUUCGUUCCGCCUCUUCUCGUCAUAGUAAUGGUAACCCUGACGACUGUACAGAUCCCAAGGUCCAUACAAGCUUCGUUGGUUGGAGCAUUCUCCGUUCUCAUCUACCUCCUUCUCAUGCUAGCCGCGACCUACAUCAUCGGUGCGCUGUCCGGGCAGGAGCACGCUACCAGCCGGGCGAUGGCACUCUGCGCGGCCAACAAAAGCACCCUGCUUGUCCUGACCAUCGUUCACAACUCGUACCCGGGCGACGUCCUGGCCGAAGCCCUACCCGUGCCGACUCUGUUGGUGCUCGUGUACAUCGCAUUUGGCGUCCUGCUGUCGGCAUUACACAUAAUUUACACUAAAGUGAAAGAAAGGCAAUCUGACGCCACACUUUCAUUCGAGGCUCGUGCAUAAAUGCCAGAGAUUGGCCUCCAGCCUAUAGGUCAAUCCCCGUCCACAGUCACCAUUCACCUACAUUUUAUUUUACAUGGGAAAGUGCAGGUGCCAAACAACACUUCGGACCAAUCAAAACACAUGGAAGGAAGGCUUACGUCACUGCACGUUUAUCCAAUGAAAUUGUUGUAUUCAAACAGUGGACUUUCAAAACGCAUCCUUCUUGAAACCGUAUAGACGGGUAUAUGCCAAGGAAGAGGUUGUGGAACUGCUAUCAUUGCUAAACAGCACCUUCUUCCUGGAACACUGAAGAGCGCUUGCAGGCAACGGCUAGUUGGCCGUCUACAGGUGGUGAGAUACAGGUGAGAUCCGUGAAGCCAACGUCCUUCAGAAUAUGGUGCAAGACUGAUUGGUUUACAGUGAGUGGCAAGACUGGUAUCAUUGCUAAACAGCACCGUCUUCCAUGAACACUGAAGAGCAAAAGAGAGACAACAGCGCCUUGAGUACCUUGUUUGGUAGAUACGUGCGCUAUAUAAGACUUCGAAAUUAUUAACAGCAGAGUGGAACUUUGUAGGGCCAAAAAAGCGCCCGGAUAAUAUGUUGCAAGAUUUGUUACGGAGAAGGGGAGAAUCGACGCAGCCAUUUUUGUAUUUUGUCUUCUAUACCAAAAUGCAGCGUGAACCAAAAACGAGACUGAAGGUGACAUUCAGUCGGGUUCCCUGUUGUUAUAAGUGGAAACUAUUUUUGUUAAUAAUUUAUCACUGUGUAUAUAAAAGGGGCCAAGAGGGGUGUCUGUCAUGAUGGCAAUGUCAUUGUAAAUAAUGAUAUAUAUACUUGUAGUCUGUAUAUAGUAAUUAACCCGUCUAAUAAUUGGUCUUUGUUAUGUUUCAUUUUACACAUUGAGAGAAAGAGAAAAAGACACAAAAAGAAGACGACAACAACAACAUUACCCAACAACAAACAAACAAGCAAAACAGCUUCACACCAAGAGGGGCCGUGGUUGAGUAGCACAUAGUGCACUUGCCACUCAGUUGUAGGGUUGAGUUCCUGACCCCGAUUCAUCUUAAACACAAAAAGUAGCUAAGCACAACACAAUUAUGCUUACCAGAAUAAGGUUACCAGCCUAACUAUCAUCUCACGUGUCCAAAUUGUGACCGAUAUCCUGCUCAUUUCUGUUAAACAAUAUUUACCGCUUAAGCAACUCUUAAUGAAAUUUGGCACAUGCCCAGCUAGUCAUUACAUUUUGUUCCCCUUUAUCUAGACUCUUAACCAUGAUUGCUUCUCUUCGCCCAGAAGUAGUUGGGGGGGGGGGGGGACACCUGUAAUUCAUCUAGCUUAGUCUCACAGUGAGCGUUACAAGAUUCACGCUGCUCAGUAAGCCGCGACUGGUUUGAAAUAACUGGUUCAUUGAAACACUUUACGGUGUAGUGCCCAUUCAUACAGACCUGCUUCAGCACUAAAAGAUGCUUAGCAAAACAUAAUUAUGCCUACAAGAACAAGUUUACUAGCCAAAAUACCACGUCACAUGUACCUUUUAUGAUUGGCAUCCGGAUCAUUUCUGCUUAGCAGGGAGUUAAGCAGCUCUAUUGGGCCCAGAAUUGAACGAGAUCCCGGUCUCGUGGUGCCUGACUCAUUUCGGGGUCAACGUGACCCCGAAUGAGUGUCAAAAGGACCCACAAAUGGGUCACACUGAUAUAGAUUCAAGAUUAAAACCCUUUUUUUCUCUUAGGACUAAUUUGUGUGUGUGAAAAAUUACCUCUUUCUCUAAAACGUUAUCACUUCCAAGUGUCGUUUCCAACAAUGUUUUAUAAUACCAGCAGCCAGUAGCUCUCCACUGCUUUUUUU